AUGAUGAAAAUAUCAAACCUUCUUCUUAUGAUUAUCUCCAGUAACACUACAUUCUUCAUUAUAAUUUCUAUUAUAUUGACAAUAUUCAUUUCUAUUAUUCUAAAGAAAUGGAAUAGUAGUGUAAGAAACAAUAAACCACUCCCUCCAGGUCCAAAUUCAUGGCCUAUAAUUGGAUGUUUUCCUCAAAUCAUCCUAAAAAAUAAGAAUGCAUUAACUCAUCGAAUACACAAAAUUAUGGAGGAAAUGAAUACUGAAAUUGCUUGCAUUCGUGUUGGUAAUUAUCAUGUUAUUCCUGUAACCUCUCCUGAACUUGCUUGUGAGUUCUUGAAGAUUCAGGACUCUAUUUUCUCAUCCAGACCUGUUUGCAUGUCCGCGAGCAUCGCUAGUAAUGGCUAUUUGACCUCAAUUUUCCUCCCCAGUGGUGAUCAAUGGAUGAAAAUGAAAAAUAUGCUAACUUCCCAUGUGUUGUCACCAAAAUCAUUUCAAUGGCUUCGUCCUAAAAGGGACGAAGAAGCUGACCACCUUCAUCGAUUUGUUUACAAUCAAUGCAGAUACCAACUUGUUAUUAACUUAAGGAAAGUAACAAGAUAUUAUUGUGGGAAUGUAAUUACGAAUAUGAUUUUCAGCAAGAGAUCAUUAUUUGGAAAUAUAGAAGAACAAGAGGAAAUUGAUGCCCUUUUUACAAUUCUUCAAUAUGUUUUUUCUUUUAGUAUAUCAGAUUACUUACCAUGGUUAAGUAUUUUUGAUUUGGAUGGUCACAAAGCAAUUAUCAAGAAAGCCUAUGCUACAGCAACAAAACAUAUUGAUAUUGAAGUUGAUCAUAGGAUACAAACAUGGAAAGAUGGCAACAAAUCUUUGGAAGAGGAUAUUCUUGAUGUUCUUAUCAUGCUCAAACAUACAAAUGGAAAUCCAUUGAUGAAUGUUAAAGAGAUUAAGGCACAAAUUCUUGAAUUAUUAACGGCAACAGUGGAUAAUCCCUCAAAUGCUGUUGAAUGGGUACUUGCAGAAAUGUUAAAUCAACCAAUGUUAAUGCAAAAGGCUAUAGAAGAACUCAACACUGUUGUUGGGAUCAAUAGAUGGGUUCAAGAAUCAGACUUGUCAAGGCUAAAUUAUCUCAAGGCUUGCAUAAAAGAGGCCUUUCGACUCCACCCCGUUGUGCCUUUUAAUGUUCCUCAUGUGUCUGUCUCUGAUGCCAUCGUCGGUGAAAAGUACUUCAUUCCUAAAGGGAGUAUAGUGCUAUUAAGUCGUCUUGGACUUGGCCGGAAUUCUAGAGUUUGGGAGGAUCCAUUAAAGUUCAAGCCGGAGCGCCACCUCAAAAUGGAAGAUGGUGGUGAAGUAGUUCUCACUGAUUCAAACUUACGCUUGUUAUCAUUUAGUACUGGAAGACGAGGUUGUCCAGCUGUGAAACUUGGUUCAACAAUUACUACAAUGUUACUUGCUAGGCUUCUUCAAGGAUUUACAUGGAAUUUACCACCAAAUUCACCAUGCAAUGAUUUAAUUGAGUCAUCUAAGAUUAAUCAUUUUUCUACCUUACCACUUCUUGCUCAGGCAAAACCAAGAUUAGCUAAGGCCAUGUAUCUUUAAGCUACAAUAUU